GAGUUUUUGUUUUCACAUGAAAUUUGCAACUGAACAAUUUUUCCCUGAUAUAAUUCUGAUUUUGGUGGUUCGGCCUCAUUAGUCGCAUGACAGUCGUCGAGCAAACAGCUAGUUCUUCGUUUUUUUUAUUACUCUGUCCAUAUUUGCACCGUACACAUUCUCUAUCGCGAUAUCUUCUAAGCAAAAAUUCUUAUUAUUUUUCUAUAGUUUAUUUCCUUUUAUUUGAUAAAAAUCAAAUUGUGAAUCGGUUGAUAUUUUCCAAAGUAAAGUGUUCGUCUAAGUGAUCGGUUUGCGUGCAACUGUGUGUAUGUGUCUUGUCAAUGCACUCUACAAUUAGAAUGUGCUUAUUAUUUCAAUAACCCCGGUUGUGUGUGCAUGCAUGAUUUAUUAUCAAAUAACUUCAUCAAAGCUAUAAAAGCAAGUUAUAUAUUUUUAUUUGAUACAAUUACGGUCGGUCGUGGUCGUGGCCAAUGACGAUUAUUAGACCGCACACAGAGAACGCACAACAGAUAAAUUGAACAAUUUAGAAACAACGACACAAAUUUUGGUCAUGACAUUGAUGCAAAAUUAGCCAAAAUUUUGCGUGUGUGUGUGUAAAAAGAAAUACUAUUACAUGAACAGAAACGAUAUAAAUUGAAUAACCAAAUACAACAACAUUUAAGAUGGCAGAUGAACAGUUACUAUCGAAACAAAAUAGCGCGCCAAAUGGAUGCAUUGUAGCUGCUGUAAAUUCUGCCGGCGCAAAUAAUCAACUAAAUCAUAAUGAUGCUGGCAAAUUGAAAAAUUGCUUAAACGGCGGCGACGUCAACGGAUCUUAUCGAACAAACGACAACAACACCAAUAAUAAUAAAAUUCAUCAACAUGAAUUCAAUAUAAAUUUGAAUGAGACGCCGCCGUCGUUAUCAUGCGUUGAGCCACCCGAUGGUGGCGCACGUGCUCUGUGUGUUAUGAUUAGCGCAUUCUUUUGUAACAGUAUCAUUUUUGGAAUAAUCAAUACCUAUGGCAUAGUCUUUGUGAAAAUAAAUCAGUAUUUAGAGGAAAAUGGGGAUACCGAAGCUGCUAGUAAAGCUGCUUUGGUCGGUUCAUUAACAAUUGGAACGACAUUCUUUCUGUCACCAGUAUCGGGUAUUCUGACCGAUAAAAUUGGACUUAAAAUGACCACGUUCAUUGGUGGUGUACUUAUGACUGCUGGAAUGAUGUUAUCGUCAGUACUGUAUCAAAACAUUUAUCUCCUCUACCUUUGUUAUGGGAUUAUGUACGGUAUUGGAGCUGCUAUGGCAUACACUCCGACAAUUUCAAUAUUGGGCCAUUAUUUCAAACGGCAUUUGGGCAUUGUUAGCGGUUUUGUGACUUGUGGAUCCAGUCUAUUUACCAUAAUUUUGCCAAAAGUAUUAACCUGGUUAUUGACUUAUGGUUUAACCACGACAUGCGUAGUUUUGGGCAUGAGUACGACGAUUGUAAUAAUGUGUUCCUUAGUUUAUAAGCCUCUUAUUUUACCGCCACCACCGCCAAAACGAAAGGUUGGCCAAUCAACAAUGAGUACUUUAAAAAUGCAUUUUCGAUCGUUGAUUCACGUGGAGAAUUUCAAACGUAUGCGAUAUAUUGUGUGGGCACUUUCAAUGCCGGUCGCACUUUUAGGUUACUUCGUACCAUACGUACACAUGGCCAACUACAUAAAAAUUCAAUUUCCCAAAAGUGAUAAGGACUUACCGAUCAUGUGUAUUGGUUUAACAUCGGGAUUGGGACGAUUAUUUUUCGGUUACAUUGCUGAUUUUAAAUGUAUCAAUCGAAUUUUCUUGCAACAAGUGUCCUUCGCACUAAUGGGAUUGUUUACAAUCCUCAUACCGAUGGUCGAUUCAUUCGAAAUGGUUUUGGUACUUUCACUUGGCAUGGGAAUCGUUGAUGGUUGCUUCAUAUCAUUGCUCGGGCCCGUUGCUUUCGAUUUAUGUGGUAGCAAAGGAGCCACGCAAGGAAUCGGUUUUUUGCUUGGUUUGUGCUCUUUCCCAAUAACAGUCGGAGCACCAAUUGCUGGACUUUUAUACGAUCAAACAAAAUCAUAUAAAAUGUCAUUUGUAAUGGCUGGCAUUCCAGCAUUGAUUGGAGCAACGAUGAUGACACUGAUUCGGUUUGUUCGUGACGAACGGAUCGAUGUGUGCGAUAAACAAGGCGCAGAUCAAAUUCACAAACUACUCAAUAAACCAGCAUGGACAGAAGAUAUUACAAUGGAAAUAAAAGAGAAAAACUGCAACACAUUUACAUUCCAAAAUAUCAACGGCGGGCAAUUGAAAGCAGCGAUUGCACCAGAAACGACAGAAUUCCAAAUUGAUGGUGAAGAUACUAAGCUUUAAGAAAAUGUGAUUCCGAUGAAAGGAUGCAUCGCCCAGCUACCAUUUUGAACUUAAACACAAUUAUUAUCAUACAUAUAUACAUCAUCCUAUGCGUCUUAUAAAUUUAAGUGUCUCGUAAAAAGUUUGCUUAUUUUCAAAAGAUGAACAAUAAUCAUUUUUUAUAAUCAUAAUCAUCCCCAAUUUAUGCAGUCAUCGGUCUGAUAGUAAAAAUGCGAUUUAUAAAUCUAUUAUUUAAACAACACAAAAAAAAACACGAGAAUACUUUAGUUUAGGAACGAAAUCUGUAUGUAUAGUACACGAUUGCUUCUUGGACAGUGCCUAAAUGAAUUUUUUACACAUGUAUUUUACUCGCUAGUUUAUCUGAAAUGCACGUGAAAUGAGUAUGAUAUUUAAAAGAUUUUUCUUUUAAACUUUCUCUUAUAUGCGAAUUUAUUAUUUUGUUUUACAAACUAUUCGAUAUUUACACACGUCAAUUAUGAUAUAUUCAUCAAAUUAAAAUAAUAAAUAAAAACAUACAAACUAUUUACAAAAACUAUCACGAAA